AUGGUUAUUUGUGAAGCUGCAUCAACAAUUGUAUCACUUAAAUGUGUUACACCAAAAGAACUUAGUUCAGCUGUUAAUGUUCUUCAAUUAUUUAUUUCAUCAUCUAAACCUGUUUUACGUUAUGCAGCUGUUCGAACACCAGCUGUAACAGCUUGUAAUGUUGAUCUUGAAACAUUAAUUACUGAUUCAAAUCGAUCAAUUGCAACAUUAGCUAUAACAACUCUUCUUAAAACGGGUAAUGAAGCAAGUGUUGAUCGAUUAAUGAAACAAAUCUCAUCAUUUUUAUCUGAAAUAUCAGAUCAAUUUAAAACAGUUGUUGUUGAUGCAAUUAACUAA